AUGGAAGAAUUUAGCGUAUUAAGAACGCCAGCUUAUCCAAAAUAUCAUGGAUUGUUAUCUCAGCCACAUUAUAGUGAUCGUCAUGGUUAUGCAAUUACUUAUUACGAACCUAUUUAUGAUGUUGAUUUAAAGAUUCCUGGAUUGGGAAUUGCAGAGUUUCCAUUUGUUCCGAUUCAACAUAUCAGAUCGAAUCGAAGUCGACGUCCAUUCGUACCAAGACAUUUAACUGAAGAAGAUAUGAUCCAAAUCAAUUUACGUGCCACAAGAAAAGCCAAAGAUAUCAUGAAAGACUUCCAUCCAGCUCAGAAGGCGUCUUAUGAAAGUUUACGUGAUUUUCGAACAAAGAAAGAGAUCGAAAGCCGUAUGGAUGAUAUUCGAGAAUCUUGUGCGAAUGUUCACAAUUAUUAUAGGAAAGCUGCUAAAUAUGAUUUUACGAGAGAUAAACUGUUCAAUCCUAAAUCAACUGUUCGUUUUGAAGAUAAAGACACGUUAAAAGAUAUCAUUUUGGAAUCAAACGUUGAUCACAUCAAUGAUAUAAAAGUUAAACUUGGAGAAGAUAACAACAAUCACAGAGAACGAUUCAGAAUGUUGUCAGCAGGUUGUAAGAAAGAAGUUAAAGAAGAAAAAAUUGCAACAGAUUCUGUCGAUGCAGAUGAACCAUUAAAGUCAUCAUCUCGUCGUACAUCAAGAGAUGUUCGUGCUGACCAAUUGAAAGAAUUGCAGGAACGAAUCAAAAAUCAAGAAUCAGCUUCAGAUUGUUUUGAGAGAACUUUUGGAAGACAUUUAUCUAAGUUGAGAGGAGAAGUUAAUGAUUUGACAAACUUAACAGACGGUUUCAUUGGAGAUACACGGUACAGAUCAUUUAAAGCCCAUCAAGUCACCGGACGGUUUUAA